CUGUGUUACCGCAACUACGACGGCACGCAUGUGAUACUAGACUUACCAACAGCAUCGGGCCGACCGCCGUCGUCGUGAACUGUUUCUCUAGUUUUCCGCGCUCGAGAAACAUUGUUAUACUUUCUAUCGACAUUUAUUUUGUGUAUCAAUAUAUACUUUUGGCUUUUGCGAUCAGUGCCAAUUCCUAAAUGGACCAAAGGGUGUCAACAUCAUCGUCGUCGUCAUCGUACAGAUCACGUCGUGCAGCUGGUACGAGUUGUGUGAUAUGUUUCAGACCGCAAUCAAUUUUCUCUAUCGGACCUUGUGAUCAUCCUGUAUGCUACGAAUGUUCGACUACCAUGCGAGUGCUCUGUGAUCAAAAAGAAUGUCCAAUUUGUAGGCGUAUUAUGACUAAGGUCAUUUUUACCAGAGAUGUGAACCUUUUUAAAAACUUGGAGGAUUGUCAAUACUCUCGUUACAACAAAAAGUAUGGGAUAGCCUUUGACAGCCUUUCUGUAGAGAACUCAUUUGAUCAGUUAAUGCGUUGUACCUGUAAAAAAUGUUAUGAUCGACCAGAUUUUGCAGGAUUUGAACAAUUAUCUACACAUAUGGAACGAUACCAUCGUUUAUAUGCUUGUCGUCUUUGUGUAGAUCAUUUAAAGAUUUUUCCUAGUCAAAGACGCUGGUAUAAUUAUGAUGAGUUAGCUAGACAUGAAGAAUUUGGAGAUCCUGAAAAUACAUCUCACCGAGGUCAUCCAGCUUGUCAUUUUUGUAAUGUGCGUUAUUUGGAUAAAGAUGAGCUUUAUAAACAUUUAAGAAAAGAACAUUUUUAUUGUCACUUUUGUGAUGCUGAUGGUAUCCAAGACUAUUAUAUGACUUAUGAAUGGUUAAGAAAACAUUAUCAUGAUAAACAUUACCUUUGCGAGGAAGGCAAUUGUGUCAAUGAACAGUUUACAUCAGUUUUUCGUUCAUCAAUUGAUUUGCAAGCUCAUAAAGCGCAAGCUCACAGUAGAGACAUGGGAAAACAAGGUUACAAAGAAGCACGAACUUUAAGGCUUGAAUUUAAUUUACGACCUCGACAUAAUCCACUAGUCGAAGCUGGUAGACCUAAUCAAUACCAACCUCCACCUGACACUUCGUAUAAUUCUGCUCAAACAACCGACCGUACUAUUAACGUUCGCAAUACUUCAGAUUUUCCUUCUUUGAACGGUCAACAUACAACAGUCCUACCUUGUGCUCGUACUAGAAAACUGAACAAUCCGGUUAAUACACGAGAUUUAAACUUGUUCCCUGCCCUUGGUCAAGAAACAGUACCUCCGCCUAAGCCCCAAAAACCAACUAAUAACAUUCGAAUGGCUGCUGCAGCAGUACUAAAAAAACCAGCUGAGCUCUCUAGACCAGAUAGAAAUAGAGAUGCAGCAACUGCAGGGCCUUCAGGUUCACGUCUGCCAAAUCAAGCAAGAGACUUUCCAUCUCUAGAUGGCAAUCAGCAGCCUAAGGUAAAAGAGGUUGCAAUGGCAUCCUCUGCAAGUUCUAGUGGCAGUUGGGUGUCGAAAGCGAAGACAGCAAAUGAAAACCAAGAGGAAAAGAAAAAAGCCAAGAAAGAGACGGCAGCCAUUAAAAAAAAGAUAGCUGAAGCACCUAAAGUGCCAGGACCAUCAGACUUUCCAAAUUUGAAUAAAAAGUUAGAACCAACUAAAAGCAACUUGGCCAAGUUGGGCAACAAAAAGAAGACUGACAACUCAAAGAAAAUCACACCGGUAGAAGUCAACAAUAAUAACAAUCAAAAUGGGAAAAAAAAUAGCUUACAACCUGUUGCAACAGAAAAUAAUAAUGUCUCUAGAAAGGUAGUGGAUAGUGUCAAGGCUGCAGCCACCGACAACCUAAAAGAAAAUAAUAAACCAAGAUCAAAAUCUGCUGUUGAAACUCGAUGCAAUGGCACCGGUGGUGGUGAAUUGAUGAGGACAACUAAGACCGCAACUAGUAAAACAGAAACAAAUUGUAAUAAUAAUACUAAAGCCAUUAGUACUACUGAACCGAAAAAAGAGUCAAAGAAAAAAGAGAAUGGUGGCCCCGGGCCUCUUCUAGAGAAACAGGAUGAAAAUAGGGCUGUUGCUACAGUGGUUGUGGCAGAUGUAAAUAAUCCAAAAGAUAAGAAAAAAAGGAAAAAGAAUGAAAACAGAGAAACUUCAGUGACUUACGCGUCACAAAGGCCACAAGAAAGUCUCUCUAAACCAUCAAGCACGCCAAAAGUUCCCCCUGGUUUUGAGAAUAGCUUUCACCAUCCAGUCAGAGCACCUCCUGGAUUAACGACUGGAAGCGGAAGUAACAGCGAAGUAAACCGUUCACACACUCAGAUCAAAGCCCCUCCAGGUUUAUCAUUAUCUAGUAAUAACAGCAAAUCAGCUGAGUACUUACAUCCAAUUGGCUCGACUGUCCGGAACCAAGUGUUAAUCAACAACUUGAUGGUAGCACUUAUACCAGCGCGUGAUGAGCGUUUUGAUACUUUUGAGAAGUUCAAAGAAAUGUCUACAUUAUUUCGAAAAAACAUCAUCACCGCAUACGACUUUUACUCUUACUGCGUAGAAGCACUACAACCGCACAGUUUUGAAUCUGUUUUUCCAGAACUUUUGUUGUUAUUGCCUGACAUACAGAAGCAACAGGAAUUGCUGUACAUUUACAAUCGAAAUAGCAGAGAAGAGAUGAACGUUAAAGUUUGUAAACACUGUCGACAAGUAUUGAAAGACAUUGACAUGGAACACCAUUUGUCUGUUCACAAUUCUGCACGCAGCUAAAACUUAACAGUGGAUUACUGCCAUUCAUAUUUAUUUGCCUAAAUGCUUAAUUUUGGUUCUGUAAUAUACAUGAGAAAAUAUUGAAUUUUUAAAUACAUCCAGAUUUUAUUAUAUCA